GUAAAUACCAGCGCGACGGACGAGUGUCCGAGAGAGUUUUAUCAUUUUACCAGUGAGUUCACUGUAUAGUCCUCUGUGUAGUGAUUCCCUAUAUAGGGAGUAGUGAACGAGUGAGCGAUUUCGGACACGGUGAGUGAUUUCGCUGCUUGUCCGACACCAGUUUCUGUUCCGGGUCACAGAAAGUGUCGGUCAUGGGCGCGCGCGUGGGCCGCCUCUUCAAGAACUUCAAUCUGGAGGCUCGUGCGCACCGCGAAAUCGGCAAAAGCAAACCGGAAGCAGCGCCUCGGCAUCCGGUACCGAUUAACCACAGUAAUCGCGUCCCGCCCGUGAGUGAGAUCCACAGGAAGGAUGAGCCGCUACUGAAUCGACUCAGACAAAUUUAUGUGGAUUCUAAAGACCCACAAACGCCGUUACAGAGGUUGGCAGGUGUGAGGAGGCUGCAGCAGGUGGACCGUCGCCCCCUCAGUGCCUCACUGGCGCCCCCUGGAGUGUGUGACAUCACAGAUGUGCCCAAAGGGAAGCUUACCAUUGUGGAGGCACUAACAGCACUAAAUAACCACAAGCUAACACCUAAGGAGUGGCCAGCUGAGCGGAUCGCACAGGAGCUAACGCUAACACACAGCGAUGCCCAUGCACUAACAUCCUACUUCAUUCCCUUUAACGUUAAAGUCAUUAAAAUCUCCCGACCUGAAGAUACACAGACGCGCAUCACUGACUCCUAAAACACACCUUUCUGUUUUCUCCCUUAUUUGCUUGUUAUUGUAUAUUUGUUAUAAAUUGCUAGUAAUUUCAUUUCAGUAAAAGUGUUUGAUUAAAGCUAAAAGUUUAAUGAUGUCCUGAUAUUUCCUGAAUAUAGUUAUAAAAACACUUCAUUUUGCAUUAAUUAUUUAAUGAACAAGAAAUUUAAAUGUGCCACACAGAGUAAAGUGUUUUUCUUUUUUGAAAAUUCCCCCAAAUUAAAUUGUAAUGUCACCUUUAAAGUCAUGUGUUAGUAGUGAAAUUAUUUUAUUAGAAAAGUGUUAUACUUUUGUCCAAGUGUAUUUUUGUUGAGAUGUUUUGAGCGUGUGUGUAUAUGAGAAUUUAGAAAUUAAAAAUGUCCGUGACAACCCCGUACUGUUUACAGGAAGAACGGGACAAAAAUAACACCUGAAACACUUCAUCACUCGGAGUCUUCAGUCCAUAAACAUCUUAAGUGUUGGGAGAAGGAACAGGAACAUUAUAAAGUGGGAAAUUAUUUACUGUAACAAAAUUUUUUUGAAAUGUAUUUAUUUUGAAAAAAAAAACAAUAAAACUCGAGGUAAAAGACCAGAUAA